AUGGAACAACCAAUAUACCUUUUAUUCAAGCAAAAAGUGCAUUUUGCCGUUGUUUUAUCACGUGUUCUGGUCUCUCUCUUGUCGUUUCCCUUGUCUCUGCCAUCGUGCGGCGUGACAAUUCCAACGCGACUCAAGUUCACCACCUCACCAAAAGCCGCUCCCUCUUUUCACGUCCUCCAGAACAACCAGGCUUCUGGUGUUUGUCUUUCUUUUUUCAUCUGUUUUUUUUGCAUGUUGGUCAAAUUGCGCCACAUGACCACCAACAAGGCGCUACGACGCGUCGCAUCUUUCACCCUCGAUGAGUUUGACCUGGCUGACUUUGACCAGUCCCUUGCCUCCUCAGGAACGGACGCCAACCCCGUGGUGGUUCUCUCUUCGUCGCCAGAAACAUUUGCCGUGUCCCAGAGGAAACGCGAUUUGUCGCCUGUUCACAAUCCGUUUUUGCUGAAACGUAACAGAUUGGACCUUGCGAGGGUGGAAUAUCCCGACCUGAAGGCUCUUGUAAACGCUUCAAUCGAGACUCCCAAAAAGCCUCAGGGGAAGCCUUCAGAGUUGCCCGACUCCAGGAUCGAGCUGCUGACCCAGCGACCAAAUGUUCUGAAGACGCCUCCCCGAAACAACGUCAAGACUGUCCAGGCCAUCACGCUCAGCUCGGAGCAGACACGCGUUGUUGAGCUGGCCAAGCACGGAGUCAGUCUGUUCUACACGGGCUCAGCUGGAACGGGAAAAAGUCUGUUGUUGAGAUCCUUGAUCAAAGCAUUGCGAGCCCAGCACCCCCCUGAUACCGUUGCUGUGACUGCUUCGACUGGACUGGCUGCUUGUAACAUUGGUGGUCAGACGCUUCAUUCGUUUGCUGGAAUCGGACUGGGACAAGGCUCAGUUGAUGAUCUUUGCAAAAAGGUGAGACGGUCGCGAAAGCACCGAACCCGCUGGGAGAAAACAAAGGUGUUAGUGAUAGACGAGAUUUCUAUGAUCAACGGAGAGUUACUCGAUAAGCUCAAUGCCAUAGCCAAGAAGCUGCGGAAGAACACUAAGCCUUUUGGUGGGAUCCAGCUCGUCGUUUGUGGUGAUUUUUUCCAGCUUCCACCUGUUUCUUCUCGGGAUUCCGAGGUUUCGUUCGCUUUCGAAAGCUCCAGCUGGAAAGAGUGCGUGACAUGCACGCUUGUGCUCAAGAAGGUAUUUCGUCAACAAGGUGAUUCUGACUUCGUAGAUAUGUUGAACGAAAUCCGACUAGGUGCUGUUUCGGAGAAGACUUGUGUGAAAUUUCACAGUUUAAGCCGACCUUUAAGAGACGACAAUGGUAUCGUUGCUGCCGAGCUUUAUCCUACCAAACGCGAGGUUGACGAUGCGAAUCGCCGCAGGCUUAGGUCGAUUCCAAGUCCUUCCAUUGUUUAUAGAGCCAAUGAUACCGGAUCGAUUGCAGAUGAUGCGGUUAGGGCCAAAAUGCUGGAUUCGCUUAUGGUUCCAGCUUUGCUGGAGCUCAAACUGGAUUCUCAGGUGAUGCUGGUCAAGAACAUGGACCAGACGCUGGUGAACGGUUCCUUGGGGAAGGUGAUUGCGUUUGUGGAUCCAGCCACCUUCAACGUCGCAAAUGCAAUGGAUGAGAUGUCUCUAGAGGAGAUGGAGGCUGCUGUUGAAGCAGGAACUACCGCUGCCACUGGAGAUUCUAAGGAAUCCUCGGAUCCCUUAAAAGGCUCAGUAUUUGAUUUUCUCGGAGAUCUCGUGAAGAACACCCCGGAAGGGACGAAACUGCGAGAGGAUUUUGAUCGCAAAGUGGAGCUCUUGCGUCAGUUGGAUGCGGCAAAAUCGCAAGCUCGUCUUCCAUUGGUUCGGUUCAUCCAACCAGACGGAAGCACACGUGAAGUGUUAGUACAGACUGAGACGUUUGAAAUGGCCGACGAGAACGAUGUUCCAAUAAUUUCAAGAACACAACUGCCGUUGAUUUUAGCCUGGUCUCUCUCUAUUCAUAAGGCCCAGGGGCAGACUCUUAGUAAGGUCAAGAUUGAUCUACGCAGGGCUUUUGAGAAUGGCCAAGCGUAUGUGGCGCUUUCGCGUGCUACAACGAGGAGAGGGCUCCAGGUGUUGAACUUCCACCCAGCAAAGGUUAAGGCGCAUUCGAAAGUUAUUGACUUCUACCACAGCCUUGUGGAGGUAGACCAGGCGAUAGAGCAACUGAAUGAAGAACGGAGGCCAAUUGACGAGAUGGACGAAAUGGAUGGCAGGAGGCAGUACGAUGAGAGUUAUGACGAGGAGGAGUUUGCAUAUAGGAUCAAUCAGCAGCGUGAGGCUGCAAAAUAG